AUGACGCAGUUUGGAUAUAUUGCCAUUCUGGUAUUAUGGGGGUGCUCCAUUGCAUUAGCUAUUUCAUGUGGUAACAUAGAAAAUGGGAGUGUAAAGCCACGUUUCUUCUUCCAGAGAAGAAAAAGAACAUUUGAAUGUAAUGCCGGGUAUAUAGCAGAAAAUGACAACAACAGAAUUGAGUGUACUUCUUCAGGAUGGUCUCCUGUACCCAGAUGCAUUCCAAUACAAUGUGGAAGAAUAGAAAAUGGGAAAAUAGUGGACAAAGUUGAAGAAAAAACAACCUUUCAAUGUAAUCAUGGAUAUAAAUCUGAAAAUGGAAUUAAUGAAACUAUCUGUACCUCUGAAGGCUGGUCUCCAGUACCCAUAUGUAUUGUUCAAGAGUGUCCACAUCCACCUGACAUCGAUUUGGCAGAAAUUGUCAGUGGGGAGAAAGCAAAAUAUCAGGAGGGUGAUGUUGUUCAGUACAGGUGCUACCCAGGAUGCACUCUGGCAGGACCUGAAAGGAUAACAUGCAGUGGAGAAAAAUGGACACCUCCACCAAAGUGCUUGGCUCCAUGUAUUAUCACAAGGCAACAAUUGGAAACAAAAAAAUUGCUUCUGUCCAAUGGCCGAAGACGUACGGUAUUGAUUCAAAGUGACCAAACAAUGGAAUUUCUUUGUGGCGAACAUUCUGACCUUAAAAUCCCCUUCCCCAUCGAGUGUGUAGAUGGGCAUAUGGAUUUACCAACUUGUAUAUCUGGAACUGGGGAAAAGUGUGGCCGGCCACCUACUAUUAAGAAUGGAGACAUAACUACUCUAUCCCUAAAAGAGUACGUAUUUGGCUCUUCGGUAGAAUACAAAUGCCAACAUCAUUACAUAAUAAAAGGAGAACGGAAAUCAUACUGUUACAAUGGAAACUGGACAAAAGCACCAGUUUGUUUAGAGCCAUGUGUUAUCACGGAAGAAGAUAUGAGAUCACACAACAUAGAUCUAAAGUGGGCUUCAGCUCAAAAACUCUAUGUGUCACAUGGAGAUUUUGUAGAGUUUAAGUGUAGAUCCAGUUUGUCUCCAAACUCUUCAAAUAAUCAUAGAGUGCAGUGCAAUGCGGGCCAAAUACCUUAUCCCCAAUGCACUUAGCGAUGGGUGAAUGUAGGAGACUUCACCACAUGUGAAUGGCAAGUACCCUUUAUUAUUAUGCUUAUCAGUGGUCCCUCUGAAAUGGAUCCCCAGAGUUUUAUCCUUCAAACAAGAACUACCACCAGAUAGCAGUCACUCCAGGAAUGGUAUAAGCAACAACUAAUUCAU